AUGAACGGGGUCUUGAUCCCUCAUACGCCCAUCGCUGUGGAUUUUUGGAGCCUGCGCCGGGCUGGCUCCGCCCGACUCUUCUUCUUGACCCACAUGCACUCGGACCACACGGUGGGUCUGACUAGCACCUGGACCCGGCCCCUCUACUGCUCCCCAAUCACGGCUUACCUCUUGCACCGUCACCUACAGGUAUCUAAGCAGUGGAUCCGAGCCCUGGAGGUUGGUGAGAGCCAUGUCCUGCCUCUAGAUGAAGUUGGGCGAGAGACCAUGACGGUCACCCUCUUGGAUGCCAAUCACUGCCCUGGCUCUGUCAUGUUUCUCUUUGAAGGAUACUUUGGAACCAUCCUCUACACAGGUGAUUUUCGGUAUACACCAUCCAUGCUGAAGGAGCCAGCCCUGAGGCUGGGGAAACAGAUUCAUACCUUAUACCUAGACAAUACCAAUUGCAACCCAGACCUAGUUCUUCCUUCCCAAGAAGAAGCUGCCCGCCAGAUUGUUGAGCUCAUUCGAAAGCACCCACAACAUAACGUAAAAAUUGGACUCUACAGCCUGGGAAAAGAGUCACUGCUGGAGCGGCUGGCCCUGGAGUUUCAGACCUGGGUGGUACUGAGUCCUCGGCGCCUGGAAUUGGUACAGCUGCUGGGCCUGGCGGAUGUGUUCACAGUGGAGGAGAAGGCUGGCCGCAUCCAUGCUGUGGACCACAUGGAGAUCUGCCAUUCCGCCAUGCUGCGUUGGAACCAGACCCACCCUACCAUUGCCAUCCUCCCCACCAGCCGGAAGAUCUACCGCUCCCACCCGGAUAUCCACAUCAUCCCUUACUCUGACCAUUCCUCCUACUCAGAGCUCCGUGUCUUUGUUGCAGCACUAAAACCUUGCCAGGUGGUGCCCAUUGUCCGGCGACAACCCUGUAGGGACUACUUCCAGGACAGCUUGAGCCCCAGGCUCUCUGUGCCCCUGAUUCCAGACUCUGUACAGCAAUACAUGAGUUCCUCCUCCAGAAAUCCAAGUUUUCUGUGGCUGUUUUUAGAAAGGAAGCUCAAGAGACUGAGAACCCAGGGUGUCGUGUUUGAAUCCCUUGAGGAAGAUGCUGAUCACUCUCAAGCUGACAGGGACUCAAAGAAGACCAAGAAUGAGAACCUGGCUGGGGAGCUUGAGAAGCAGCCCUCCCGCCAUCCUCUGCAAAUCAAGAAGCAGUUGUUCCCAGAUGUCUGCAGCCGAGAAGGGGAGGGGGCAGUCCCUUCCUCUGAGUCCCAGAAGAUGAUGACUAUAGUAACUACCCCUUCGGGUUUUCCGGUAUACUUAAGGUCUACAAAUGAGAAAUUUCCUUCUCUGGAAACUGGGGAGGAAAAUCGUGUAGGGCCCUACUUGUUACCCAUGGGAGACAGUGUGGCCUUGGCCGGCACAGAGAACCAGAGAGCCUGGAUGGGCCAGGAUUCUCCCCUGUCUCCCAGCAGUGAGGCUGCCCCUCUUCUGGCUUCUGAGUUCAGGGGCCUGGCACUCAAAUACCUUCUGACUCCAGUGAACUUUAUCCAGACAGGAUUUUCUUCCAGGGUCUUCGACCAGCAAGUGGAAAAAUACCACAAACUCUUGAGUACAGACGGGAGAGUACAGAAUGACAACCUUGCUUGA